GGCUGGAUUCACAUGGUCGAGAAAACAAAUUGGGCAACUCAGUGAUAUUAAUACGCAAAGGACAACAGUAGCUACGCCAGAUAAGCUACUUAAACCUACUUAUGAUUUGUUCACUCAUAGACUACUCUCUUUAUCUAUCUCCAAUGAAACGUUGGGUGUGUCACAUGUAACAAAGCUAGAGCAACAACAGGAUUCAGCACUUAAAGAUGGUUCGCCUUCGCUUGUUAGAAUAAAAAGAUCUGAUGUGAACAUCAUACAGGCAGAAGAAGUCGCAAAUUCGACUGCAGUAACGGACACUGCUACUAGACCACACCCAGCUUCGAGUACAGCACCAGAUCCAACUACAACUACCACAUCAGAUUCAACUACAACACCAGAUCCAACUACAACUACCACAUCAGAUUCAACUACAACUACAACACCAGAUCCAACUACAACUACCACAUCAGAUUCAACUACAACUACCACACCAGAUCCAAUUACAACUACCACAUCAGAUUCAACUACAACUACCACACCAGAUCCAAUUACAACUACCACAUCAGAUUCAACUACAACUACAACACCAGAUCCAACUACAAGACCAGAUCCAACUACAACUACCACAUCAGAUAAAAUUACAACUACCACACCAGAUCCAACUACCACUCUCACACCAGUUCCAACUACAACUACCACACCAGAUCCAACUACAACUACCACACCAGAUCCAACUACAACUACAACACCAGAUCCAACUACAACACCAGAUCCAACUACAACUACCACAUCAGAUCUAACUACAACUACCACACCAGAACCAACUACAACACCAAAUCCAAUUACCACUACUACACCAUAUCCAACUACAACAACCACAUCAGAUUCAACUACAACUAUAACACCUGAUCCAACUACCACACCAGAUCCAACUACAACUACCACACCAGAUCCAGCUACCACUCCCACACCAGAUCAAGCUACCACUCUUACACCAGAUCCAACCACCAUUACCACACCCGAUGCAACUACAACUACCACACCAUUUCCAACAACCACUACCACACCAGAUACAACUACAACACCAGAUCCAACUACCACUACCACACCAUAUCCAACUACAACUACCACACCAGAUCCAACUACAACUACCACACCAGAUCCAACUACAACUACCACACCAGAUCCAACUACAACAACCACAUCAGAUCCAACUAGAACUACCAGACCAGAUCCAACUAGAACUACCACACCAGAUCCAACUACAACUACCACACCAGAUCCAACUACAACUACCACACCAGAUCCAACUACAACUACCACACAAGAUUCAACUACAACUUCCACACUCGAUCCAACUACAACUACCACACCAGAUCCAACUACAACUACCACACCAGAUCCAACUACAACUACCACACCAGAUCCAACUACAACUACUACACCAGAUCCAACUACAACUACCACACCAGAUCCAACUACAACUACCACACCAGAUCCAACUACAACUACAACACCAGAUCCAACUACAACUACCACACCAGAUCCAACUACAACAUCCACACCCGAUCCAACUACAACUACCACACCUGAUCCAACUACAACUACCACACCAGAUCCAACUACAACUACCACACCAGAUCCAACUACAACUACCACACCAGAUCCAACUACAACUUCCACACUCGAUCCAACUACAACUACCACACCAGAUCCAACUACAACUACCACACCAGAUCCAACUACAACUACCACACCAGAUCCAACUACAACUACCACACCAGAUCCAACUACAACUACCACACCAGAUCCAACUACAACUACCACACCAGAUCCAACUACAACUACCACACCAGAUCCAACUACAACUACCACACCAGAUCCAACGACAACUAUAUUACCAGAUCCAACUACAACUACCACACCAGAUCCAACUACAACUGCCACACCAGAUCCAACUACAACUAUCACACCCGAUCCAACUACAACUACCACACCUGAUCCAACUACAACUACUACACCAGAGCCAACUACAACUACCACACGAGAUCCAACAACAACGAUCACUUCAGACACAACCACACCAAACACAACUACCAAACUAGACAGAACUACCACAUUAGACACAACGACCACACCAGACACAACUACCACUACCUCACCAGAUACAACUACCACUACCACACCAGACAUAACUACCACACCAGAAAAAACUACCACACCAGACAAAACUAACACACCAGACAAAACUACCACACCAAACAAAACUACCACACCCGACAAAACUAGGACUCCAGACAAAACUACCACACCAGACAAAACUACCACACCAGACAAAACUACCACACCAGACUCAACUACCACACCAGACAAAACUCCCACACAAGACACAACUACCACUACCACACAAGACUCAACUACCACACCAGAAAAAACUACCAAACCAGACAAAACUACCACACCUGACAAAACUGCCACUAAAACACCAGACACAACUACCUCACCAGACAAAACUACUACUACCACACCAGACACAACUACCACUACCACACCAGACUCAACUACCACACCAGACAAAACUACCAAACCAGACAAAACUACCCCACCUGACAAAACUACCACACCAGACAAAACUACCCCACCAGACAAAACUACCACACCAGACAAAACUACCACACCAGACAAAACUGCCACUAAAACACCAGACACAACUACCUCACGAGACAUAACUACUACUACCACACCAGACACAACUACCACUACCACACCAGACAAAACUACCACACCAGACAAAACAACCACUACCACACCAGACAAAACUACCACACCAGACAAAACUAACACACCAGACACAACUACUACACCAGACACACCAGACAAAACUACCACACCAGACACAACUACCACUACCACACCAGACAAAUCUACCACACCAGACAAAACUAACACACCAGACAAAACUACCACAUCAGACAAAACAACCACACCAGACAAAACUACCGCACCAAACAAAACUACCACAACAGAUCCAACAACAACGAUCACUUCAGACACAACCACACCUCUCACAUCAACAACAAUCACACUAGACACAUCUACCACACCAAACACAACGACCACAUCAGACACAACUACCACUACCACACCAGACACAACUACCACACCAGACUCAACUACCACACCAGAUAAAACUACCACACCAGACAAAACUACUAUACCAGACAAAACUACCGCACCCAACAAAACUACCACACCAGACAAAACUACCACACCAGACAAAACUACCACGCCAGACAAAACUAACACACCAGACACAACUACCACUACCACACCAGGCUCAACUACCACACCGGACAAAACUACUUCUACCACACCAGGCACAACUACCACUACUACACCAGACAAAACUACCACACCAGACAAAACUACCACUAUCACACUAGACAAAACUACCACACCAGACAAAACUAGCACACCAGACACAACUACUGCACCAGAUACAACUACCACACUAGACAAAACUACCUCACCAGACUUACCUACCACUACCACACCAGACAAAUCUACCACAUCAGACAAAACUAACACACCAGACAAAACUACCACACCAGACAAAACUACCGCACCAAACAAAACUACCACAACAGAUCCAACAACAACGAUCACUUCAGACACAACCACACCUCUCACAUCAACAACAAUCACACUAGACAAAACUACCACACCAGACAAAACUACCACACCAGACACAACUAUCACUACCACA